AGAUUUUCAGAACUGACAGUUUAUAUCAGAACGCAGCCAUAAUCUAGUUUAUAAUCGUCUAUUACAUAUAUAGCAAUUUUGUAGUAUGUAAUUCAAAGAGGAAGUAUUGUAUUUAUCGCGGAAAAAGGAAACAGCCAAUAAGAAACGGCCGAUGACCCUUUUCCGGAGAAUAUUCAGAGAACUGACUCGCAAGUAUCGUGCCAAUAAAACAGAAGUCGUCAAAAGACGAGGCUCAUCGGUGACAGCUCGCGCAAAGGUUAGGUCCCACAUUUUGAGGUUAGAAAUGGCUGCAACGCGCGGCCGAGAAGUAAUACACGAUCUAAUCUUAGAUUGAGCUUUCGCAACUGCAGUCCUCGUUGUAGUAACGCGAUAUACAUAUAUAAAUAUAUAUAUAUCUAUAUAAUUCAAUAAAUAAUAAGGUGUAAAGAGACGAAGAAACAUGUACAAAUUUAAACCAUUCGUGUUCAUGGAGCACGCGGCGAACGGGCCGGAACGUCCGAAGGCGCGUAGCGGUCACCGAAUCGCAUGCGAUUAUCGAAAUCUGUAUUCUUAUGGCGGCUUCAAUCCGUGCAUCUCCGAUACCGACCCGGACAUGCGCGACGAUCAGACGUGGGUAGCCAGCAAGCCGCUAUUCAAGGAGCUAUGGCGCUUCAACCUGGUGAGCGAGCGGUGGAAGCGACUGCCCGGCCAGGAAAACAUGCCGAACGAGUUGGCAUCGAACGCGGUGAUAUUAAGCGGCAAUGCGUUGAUGGUGUACGGCGGCACCGGCGUGCCCUUCGGCGAGAGUUGCAGCAAUCAGCUGUACGUCUGCAAUGUAAACGAUGGCACGAUGAAGAUAGUACCGGCCACAGGCGAGCUGCCUGAGCCCCAGUACGGACAGGCCCUCGUAUAUCAUGGUUCCUAUCUCUAUACAGUCGGUGGUACUACUGGUUACGAAUAUACCUGUGACAUUCAUCGGUUUGACCUGAAAAAUGGUAUCUGGGAAACAGUGUAUGUUUGCUCUGGAAGGGAUGAAUCAGAGCCACAUGGAAGAUAUAGACAUGAGCUCGCCUUUGAUGGCAAGAUGAUUUAUGUCUUGGGUGGUGGUACCUCGACAGAAUCCUUUGGCUUUUCUAAAAUACCGGCAUUUGACUUGGAGACCAACAGAUGGAGGAUAUUGAAUACGCACGGUGAUAGUGAUGAGACUGUUGCCACACUGCCGCGAGUACCGGCACCGCGACGCUGUCACGGUUCCGUUCAAUAUACGGACGAAAGAACUGGUACCACUUCAGUUGUCAUAUCGGGCGGCUAUAAUGGUGACUGGGUAUUUUCUGAUGUUUGGCGGCUCAAUCUCAGCACGCUGCAAUGGACACAUUUAAAAGAAUGCAGCUUACCGUGUCCAGUGUACUUUCAUUCGGCUGCGCUGAUUCCGGAGGGUCGCAUGUACAUAUUUGGCGGUAUAGUGAAAGUGAACAACAAGGUGCAAAGAACAAAUGCGGUUUAUUCCGCUUGGCUUACAAUUCCCAAACUAUCCGAGAUUUGCUGGCAAGCAUUAAAUUAUUAUUAUCCGAAAUUGAGGGACUGUUCGCCGGAUAUAUUACUUCAUAUUGGUAUACCCUUGAAAUUCGUACAAAGAUUCGAUUUUUACGACUGGUGAACGCUAUCAGUUAUUCUAACGCUUUUCGAAUCUUUGGAUCAUUUUUCUCAAAUCUUUCUCUAUGCACUUUACAACGGUAAUUACGCUUCGAUCAUUUUUAUUCGAUAUUUAUUGAUAUAUCUGGCUUAUUUACUACGCUUUUUUUACAAUUCUAUCUUUUUACGAUCUGUCAUGUAAUGGCACAAAGAUAUGAAUAAUUUUAUAAUUCUAUUAUUAUUUGUGGUAUAAUAAUGUGCUAAAAACACCACAAGAUAAUAGAUUUUUUCUCUUUC